CUUAUGUUGAAGAUGCAGAGAUCGAGGAAGAGAGAGCAAGAGAGCCUCGUCACUCACAGACACCCACAGUCUCUGCAUUUUAUUUCCUCAGAAAAUAACCUUUUUCCCCGAGAAAAUAAACAGAAAUUUUCCCCAAGAGUCCUAUCGAAGAAAAAGGGCUCAUUAAUGCAAUGCGAUUCAAGCACGAGAAUAGCCAGUGAGAUUAAAAGAGAGUGAGGCUCCUUCGAGCGUUUGGUUUCACGUCUUAGAGCAAGCUUUUGAAAUCGAAGACCGUGUUGAAGAGACCGGCGUAGUAAUGGGUGCUUCGCCGGAAAAGUUGAGAAUGGACAUGCGAGAAGUGGAAGAGAAAGCUAGAGAAAGCAGUUGCUGCAGCUCCGAUUUUCUGAUUUCGGAAACGACCAAACAAGAGGAGGAACAAAGCCCUAGCAGUACGGAGGAUUUCACUGCUUCUCCGAUUUGGUCGGUGAAGAAUAUGCACGGAGAUAAGAAGAAUCGUUCGGAUUGUGCGAAACAAUCAAGAGUUUCAGAGGUUGAGAUGAUGAAGGAAAGAUUUUCGAAGCUGCUGCUUGGAGAAGACAUGUCAGGUUCUGGAAAUGGCGUCUGCACAGCUUUAGCCAUCUCAAACGCAAUCACUAAUCUUUGUGCUACCUUGUUCGGGCAACUAUGGAGGUUAGAGCCUCUUCCUACGGAGAAGAAAGAGAUGUGGAGAAGAGAAAUGGAAUGGCUUCUCUGUGUGAGUGAUCACAUUGUAGAGAUGACUCCGACUUGGCAAACAUUUCCAGAUGGAAGCAAACUCGAGAUAAUGACUUGCAGACCAAGAUCAGAUCUUUAUGUUAACCUCCCAGCUCUCAGGAAACUUGAUAACAUGCUUCUCGAGAUAUUAGAUAGUUUUGAGGAGACAGAGUUUUGGUAUGUGGAUCAAGGAAUCAUAGCACACGAAUCAGCACAAGACGGGUCGACCUCUUCUCGGAAGUCUUUUCAGAGACAAGAAGACAAAUGGUGGCUACCGGUUCCACGGGUUGCACCGGGAGGUUUACAAGAAAACUCAAGAAAACAGCUCCAGCAUAAACGCGACUGCACUAAUCAGAUACUUAAAGCUGCUAUGGCCAUCAACAGUAUCACACUCAACGACAUGGAAAUCCCUAAAUCAUACCUCGAAUCUCUUCCACGGAAAGGAAGAUCCUGCCUCGGAGAUUUGAUCUACAGAUACAUUUCCUCAGAUCAAUUCUCACCUGAAUAUCUCCUUGAUUGCCUUGACUUAUCCUCUGAACAUCAAGCCAUAGAGAUAGCUAACCGAGUCGAGUCAUCCAUCUACCUAUGGCACAAAAGGACUAAUUACAAACCAGCUACGAAUACCAAAACGUCGUGGGAAAUGGUGAAAGAACUAAUGGUAGAUGCAGAGAAGGUAGAGUUAAUGGCGGAUCGAGCUGAAAGUUUAUUGCUUUCUCUAAAACAGCGGUUCCCAGGUCUCCCACAAACCGCUCUAGACAUGAGCAAAAUCCAAUACAACAAGGACAUAGGGAAAUCGAUUCUUGAAAGCUACUCGAGAGUUCUAGAGAGCUUGGCGUUCAAUAUCGUGGCACGUAUCGAUGACUUACUCUUUGUUGAUGAUCUUACGCGGCAUUCAUCGGAUCAGAUUCCGACAACAUUAGGCAACAACGGUAAUGGCGCUCUUAAGAACAUCGCAUUGCCGGUUUCUACCUACACAACUCCGAGCUACUCUCCUGCAAAACCGGAGCUUAGAUCAUCACUCACGGUGCCGCCGUCUCCUUCGCGGUUCAAGAUUCCUCACAGUAGCAGCGUUAAAAGGGUUCUGACGGCUUACGUAACAAAGAACGAACCAAGUUUGAAAGAAGUCUCAGGCGAAAGGUCGAGCCGUUCUUCAUCGAGUGAGAGAUUGUCUCUUGAGAGAUGCAUGAAGGAAUCGUUGAAUGUAUCAAACCUUGAUCCUGGGAUUUGAAUUACCUUCCUUGGAAAGAUCUUUACCUUUGAAUCCGUUUUUUUAAUUAAUUAUCCUUGAAUGUUUCUUUUCUUGUGUGUAGUUUCUUGAUUUGUAUAAUAAUAAUUGGAAAGAUGGGAUUUGAGAUUUACAGAAAUCUUAAACCAUAAAUGUAGUACGAUAAACCGAAUCGAAAAUAAACCGAAAUUCA